GCUCAUUCUCUGGUCGUCCUCACCAUUUGUUGUGCUCUCAAAGUUUCAAGUUGUAUUUAAAGUUUGGAGUCUCUGAAUUCUCCAUUCAAUGUCGUCGAAGAAGAAGAAGAAGACGGGUCUCGACAGAAUCAGCCUCCUACCAGAUUCUCUUCUCCAUUCCAUUCUAUCCUUGUUAAAUACAAGGCAAGUUGUGCAGACUUGUGUUCUAUCAAAAAGAUGGAAGACCCUUUGGACUGACAUUCCCACACUCAACUUUGAUUUCGACUCCUACCCAUUUAAACAGUCAAUCAGAAAUAGCAGUGCUUCUAAUCCAAAAGAACCAUCGUUUGAGCGCUUCAUCUUGAGAGUUUUAUCUGAACAUGGAUGCAAAAAUAUUAUAACAUUGAAUUUCUCUUGCUCAAGGGAUUCUGACGAUACGGUGUCGUUAAUAGAAUGGUUGAUAUGCUACGCUAGUCACGUGGUUCAAGAACUUUGCAUCAGUACCUAUAAAACUAUUUACUAUAAUUGGCCAUGUGGUUUAUCAACAUGUUCAUCACUCCUUGUGCUGAAGAUUAAAUGUGGGUUCGUUGAUGACUGUGGAGCCUUGAAAUCAGCAUCGUUGAGAAUUUUAGAGAUUGAAUGUGAUUGGGGGGAUCGGUAUGACCGUAAAUACAAUGAAAUUGAGAUGUUCUCUGGUUGUCCAAAUUUGGAAUCUUUGGUUUUGGUUAAUUAUCUUUUUGACAGUGCUACUAUUUCUGCUCCAAAACUUGAGAAUUUGGAAUUAUGUGCUUCUCCACAAGUUGAGUUAUUUGCACCAAGUCUCAAAACUCUUAAGUUUGGCAAUGUCUUACCCACUCUCAAGUCUGCUUCAAAAUUUGCAUGCAUACACAAAG